AUGAUGGUAUCUCUGAGAGAAAGCACGGCAUAUCGUGGAAACCGGUCUCACGCCGGUAUGCCAAAAACUUACUGGUCAUAUGCCUUUCCAAGUGCAACAUAUCUGAUCAACCGUCAAUCCACCUCUAUACUCAAUAUGGAGUCUCCAUUCCAGCGAUUAUUUGGUGUCUCUCCAAACUACUCCAAAUUAAGAAUCUAUGGAUGCCUCUGCUUCCCAUGGCUGCGCUCGUACACGCAGCACAAACUUGAAGAUCGUUCAACAUUGUGCAUUUUCAUAGGCUACUCUCAGAUUCAAAGUGCCUACUUGUGUCUUCAACCAGUCACUAUUCAGAGCCUCCCGUCGCCAUCUCCAUCUCCACCCGUCAAGUUCCUUCCCUCACCUACACCGCCGACUCCAUCGCCACAAGAGCAUACACUGUUGCCUGAUCUAUCGAAGUCGUAG